AUGACAAACCUCGGUAUCAUCUACAAAAAGCUUCCCAAUCGCGGUCUUCCCUCAAAAACAGAACAUUUUGAAAUAGUUCAUCGAAAUAUUGAUAUCCAAAAUUAUGAACUAUCCGAUGGCGACAUACUUGGUCAAAAAUCUAUACUUGUCCGUGGAUCCGUACAUGCGUGGUCGUAUGCGCGAUCCCAGCGUUCGAAGUUGGAGGGCAGUGAUAUCUCGGAAGUUAUUAAAUCUAAAUCUGACAGAUAUAAAGUUGGCGAUUUGAUUUAUGCAAUGAUUGGAUGGGAGCAAUAUACCCAUAUUCCUGUUUCGAAAAUCGCUACAAAUCAUACUAUUUUUUGUAUAUUACCCAGCUCACGAAAACUCCCACUAAGUUAUUAUGUUGGUGUACUCGGCAUAAUAGGACUGACCGCCUAUGUCGGACUUAAAGGAAUUGGGAAGUCCAAAGCUGGGGAAACUAUUUACAUUUCGGGGUUCCUCGUAUUCGAUCACUUUCAAAAAUAUAACGCAGACUUUAUUCAAAAGAUAUCCAAAUGGUUAUCUGAAGGAAAAAUUCGAUAUCGUAAGACUGUUACCGAGGGAAUUGAGGAUGCACCGGAUGCGUUUCUGGGGCAUGUUGCAGGGAGAGAAUCUUGGAAAGGCU